UCCAAUUUCUGGUACUUAUUCGACGUAGUUUCUAAACCUCUGAAAAGAACGUUAUGGUAAGUAUGGCGUGUGAAGACGUAUCUUCAAACCGCUCCGCAAAUUCUCAAAGUUUAACAGAUGAUGAGUUAUUUUGCAAUUAUUGUAACAGAAAAGUAUGUGAAUAUGUCGAGUGUAUAAAGUGCAAAGAAAAGUUUCAUCCUUCAUGUCUUACUCAAGCGGCAAAUAGGAAAAAUGCUAUAUGUCAGCAUGAAAAGGUAGUCGAUCAAAAAUCGGAUACUGGUAACGUUGAGGUAGAGAACGGACUAAUGAAAAUGGAAAUAAGUUACUUGAAGAAGGCCUUAUUAGAAGAAUCACAAAGUAAAAAUAAAAUAUUAAUGGAGAAUAAUAGAUUAUUACUGGAGAAAAUCCAUAACAUUGAACAAGGUAAAAAGAUCGAAGCCGUUGCGCAGAAUCGAGAUAGUUAUGGCCAAUCAUACAGUUCUGUGCUCCAACGUCAGCCUUCAUCUGAAACCUGGGAAAAACAAUACCACGGAAUAGCAAUUAAGAAUAACAACAAAACUUUAAGAAGUAAACACGAAAUAUGUCUCAUUCACCAAAAUGUAUGCUCUAUAAACAACUCGCUUGAUCGUAUUGAACAUAGUGUGAAUAGCCAAAUUACAAAUUGUAAAAUUAUAUGUUUAACAGAACAUUGGCAAAGUAGUGAUGCAUUAGAAAACAUCCUAAUAGAUAACUUCAAUCUUGUAGCAAGUUAUUGUAGACCUAAAGGUUAUGGGGGGGCAGCAGUUUAUCUUCAUCAAUCAGUUGUAGGAAAAGAGAGAAAGAAGCUAUCUCAUUUAUCAGUACAGGGUGAAUUUGAGUGUGCUGUGGCGGAAUGUGUAUUAAAUUCAGAAACUUUCUUAAUAUUUUCAAUAUAUCGUCCACCUAAUGGAAAUAUUAAAUUAUAUGAUAUUAGCAAUGUUUUUAGAUUUAUCUAAAGCGUAUGAUUCAAUCAAUCAGGAAUAUUUACUGAAAAAACUAGAGAUAUAUGGAAUAAGGGGAAAAAUUAAUGAGUGGUCUGAUCAUAUAUAUCUGAAAGAACACAAAGUGUUAAAAUUACUAAAAAUGGUUUCACUGUGAAAUCUGCCAUGCUAGUUAACAAAACUGGGAUAGCCCAAGGGAGUGUAAUUGGACCUCUACUAUUUAUAAUAUAUUUAAAUGACUUGUGUGAAAUAGUACAAAAUACUGUAGAGAGUAUCGUAAAUUUUGCGGACGAUACUAACUUAGUGGUAGGUGCACGCGAAAAAGGUGAAUUGAUUAGAAUCGAAACAGACUUUUUCACUAGAGCAGAAGAAUGGUUCUCAAGGAAUAAACUGUUAUUAAAUGCAAAGAAAUCUAAUUUUGUAAUAUUCAGUACAGACAGAAAUAGGAAAGAAAAGCCCAACAACAUAACAUUACACGGUGAAGAAUAUAAAUUUUCUGAGCACUCAAAAGUUUUAGGAUUAUUUAUUGACAACUUUUUGAAAUGAAGAGUACACACGGAUUAUGUGAAACAAAAACUGAAUAAAAUCAACUUUGCAAUGAGAACAACCAGUAGAUACAUGAAUGAAAAAACCCUUAAAAUUUUAUAUCACGUUAAUUUUGAGUCAGUUCUCAGGUAUGAGAUCAUGUUUUGGGGGAUGGAAUACAACCUGGAGGAUGUUUUUGUUGUCCAAAAACGAGUCAUGAGAAUAAUUUUCAAGUUACCUUUUAAACAAUCUUGCCGCGGCAUGUUCAGAAAAAAUAAUAUUCUGACAAUUUUUGGUUUGUAUAUACUUGAUUGCCUAACUUUUUCAAGUAGUAACAAGGAGAGGUUCACAGGGAACGCCGUAGAAUCGUGUUAUAAUACAAGAAGUCAAUAACGGUAAGAAAUUCGUCAAAAGAGUAAAAACACUAUUAAUAGAAAGGGAACCCUAUAACAUAAGGGAGUUUUUCGAUAGAUAAAUUUUGGUUUUGGUUAUGAAGAAAAGAUUGUUUAGGAAAUAAGUAUUAAUAUUCAAAGAUGUAAUAUUUGACGC